GCAAGACUAGCUCCAUCCUUGUUUUGUGUGUGUGGGAGUGAUAUUAGCUUUGAGUACGGUAUUUAGCUCGAGUUUUCGUCUAAAACCUCUUAAAACCCCAUAAACGACAAAAUGGUGUCGUUAAAUCCUAUCAGAGUAUUGAAACAUGAAGCAGAAGAAGAAAAGGCUGAAAUUGCUAGAUUGAGUCUUUUUAUUGGAGCAAUAGCCAUUGGAGACUUGGUAAAGUCAACUCUAGGUCCAAAAGGCAUGGACAAAAUUUUAGUGUCUUCAGGACGUAACGCCGGAGAAGUGCAGGUCACUAAUGAUGGUGCUACAAUUCUUAAAAGUGUUGGUGUUGACAACCCAGCAGCCAAAAUUCUGGUAGACAUGUCUCGUGUGCAGGAUGAUGAAGUUGGUGAUGGAACUACUUCUGUCACAGUACUAGCAUCUGAACUAUUGAGAGAAGCAGAAAAAUUGAUUGAAAAAAAGAUUCAUCCACAAACAAUCAUUGCUGGAUGGAGAUCAGCUGCUGCCGUUGCAAGAGAAGCUUUGAAAAAUGUUGCAACUGACAAUUCCGCAGAUCAAGAACAUUUCCGUGAAGAUCUUUUAAACAUUGCGCGUACUACUCUUAGUUCUAAAAUUCUGUCACAACAUAAGGAACACUUUAGUAAAUUAGCUGUGGAAGCAGUCCUUCGUUUGAAGGGAUCUGGCAACUUAUCAGCCAUUCAAAUCAUCAAGAAGAGGGGAGCAACAUUGUCUGAUUCAUUUUUGGAUGAAGGUUUUCUUUUGGACAAAAAACCAGGCAUGCAUCAACCACAGAAAAUUACUGAUGCCAAAAUUCUUAUUGCUAAUACUCCCAUGGACACUGAUAAAAUUAAAGUAUUUGGAUCAAGAAUAAGAGUCGACUCAAUGGCUAAAAUUGCUGAGCUGGAAUUAGCCGAGAAGGAAAAAAUGAAGGACAAAGUUGAUAAGAUUAUCAAGCACGGUUGCAACGUAUUUAUCAACAGGCAACUGAUUUAUAAUUAUCCUGAGCAAUUGUUUGCCGAUGCUGGUGUAAUGGCUAUCGAGCAUGCCGACUUUGAUGGAAUCGAAAGGCUGUCGCUUGUAACUGGUGGAGAAAUCGUAAGCACCUUCGACCACCCAGAAAUGGUAAAACUUGGAACGUGUAAAACAAUUGAACAGGUGAUGAUUGGUGAAGACACGAUCCUUCGUUUUUCUGGCGUGGCUCUAGGAGAGGCUUGCUCCAUUGUCAUCAGAGGAGCCACUCAACAAAUCCUUGAUGAAGCCGAGAGAUCAUUGCACGACGCUCUCUGCGUGUUGACAUCGACGGUACGCGAGUCGAGAAUCGUUUAUGGUGGUGGCUGCAGCGAAAUGGUAAUGGCUUGCGCCGUAAUGAAGGCUGCUGCUGCUACGCCCGGCAAAGAAGCCGUAGCCAUGGAAUCCUUUGCUCGAGCUUUGCAACAACUCCCAACGGUCAUUGCUGAUAACGGUGGUUAUGACUCGGCUCAACUUGUCAGCGAGCUCAGGGCUGCUCACAAUUCUGGCGGUUACACCAUGGGAUUAGACAUGGAAAAGGGAGAAAUCGCUUGCAUGAAGAAGCUUGGCAUUACAGAGUCAUGGGUCGUAAAAAGGCAGGUACUUCUUAGCGCAGCAGAAGCUGCAGAGAUGAUUCUCAGAGUUGAUGACAUUUUGAAGUCAGCACCGAGGAAACGAGUUCCAGACCGCGGCCGUUGCUAAAGGCAUUAUCUCCGAACUUUCUAUUCGUUUCAUUGUCACGCUUCACAUUUUUAUUUAUCGAAGGGAACGGUCACUCAAAGGCCUUCCUCUUAAAUAGUGCAAAUUUUUUAUUGAUUCAUUGAAAUUCAAUAUCUGUGCAGGCGUAUCUUCUUUUAAAUUCACUCAAAUUAAUUAAAACUGGUUGAUGGUUUUUUUUGUCAUGUUGACAAGUUUCAAGUAUUCGCAUAAAAGUCGAUGACGACGAACAGAUUAGAUUUAUUAUUCUUCACAAACGGAAAAUGUGCUAUUCACUAUUGCUACUAAACACUGAGGACAACUCUAAGCUUGAUAUUUUCCAAGAAUGUAAGCAU